AUGUCGACUCCAUCACAAGUGCGCUGCAUAACAUGCGAGGACGCUGAAAUCAAUCAGUACGAACGGAGAUUGUCUGCCAGUUCAGACGAAGCCGAACAACUUCGCACCGAGAUAGCUGCUCUGUUAGGAAGCCUCGAACACCUUGAUAUCGACGAUGUGCAAACCUCUCUACGUCUUGCUGACCUGAGGUCUCUCAAUUCUGAACUUAUCGUUUCACUGGUCGAAAAGACAAACGAAAUCCGAGGUCUCGAAAAGGAGAUCCAGAAUUUGCAAACUUCCCGUUCAUGA